CUUGAAUUGUGAGAGAAGGCGGGAUUUCCUGUCGAAUUUACCGUCGCCGUCUCUGUCGAGCUGCUGUUGAAGGGCACUCAUUUGUUCACAAGGGUUGCGUGUCAAAGGACCACUAAUAAUCAAUCAUGGGAGGACAUGACGCUGGAGCUCAGCACCAGUUCACUGGGAUUGCCAAGUACUUCAAUUCAUACACAAUAACAGGAAGGAGGAAUUGUGUACUGGCCACAUAUGCCACGAUAGCAGCUAUUGCCCUCUUCUUUAAAUUGAAACCCAAGAAACAGGCUGCUGUAACAGAAAAGUGAUCAUGUGUUCACCUAUCACAUAACAGAGUGGAAGAGAAAGCUGGAUGUUCUGUGUAAUAUUAACAUUUGUUUGUUGGGGUCCCCAUGUAAACAAUAAAGAUCUAUGCCCAAAAAAUACGAAACAUUAUUUUAUUUACAGUUUGCACCAGUAUAA